AUGACGGAUGAGGAGAAAUUCUGUGAAGGGCAUUUCGUCAAAGCAGCAAAACGAGAUGAAAAUGGGCGAUUCAUCGUAUCCAUGGCAUUUAAAAACAAUAGUCAACCUGAUUUGGGUGAUUCAAAGAAAACCGCUUUAGCUAUGUUAUUUCAGUUGGAGAAGCGUUUCAAAAAAAUACCAGAGCUGAAAAAACUUUAUGCUGACGUGAUUCAUGAUGAAAUUAAAAAUGGAUAUUUGAAAUUGGUUGAAAAAACUCCACUGAAUGCACAUUAUAUUCCACAUCAUGCAGUAUUUAAGGACAGCACUACUACGAAACUAAGAACAGUUUACAACGCUUCGCAAAAAACUACGAACGGUAAAUCGUUAAACGAGCAGUUGGCGAUCGGUAAAACAGUACAGUCAACAAUGUUUGAAUUAACAUUACAAUGGAGAACGCACAAAAUUUCGUUAAUCGCUGACAUCGAAAAGAUGUACAAACAAAUUAAGUUGGAUGAAAAUCAACAGCAUCUUCAAAUGGUGCUAUGGCGAGAUUCAGAACAUGAAAGAAUCAAAGAAUAUAAGAUGACAACAGUCACCUUUGGCUUUUCAGACUCACCGUAUUUGGCCAUCAGAUGGUUAAAAGCAUUGGCUGAGUCAGUUGCUGAGAAAUAUCCAUUGGCAGCACACGUGAUUAAAAACAAUUUUUAUGUCGACGAUCACACUGGAGGUGCUCCAACAGAAGAAAAAGCCAUUGAAUUGUACAAGCAAUUAAAGGCAGCAUUUUUAAGUGCGGGCUGUAAUUUGCGGAAAUUUAUUUCCAAUUCAAACGUAGUGUUACAGCACAUUCCUGAAAAUGACAGAGAAUUGAACAUCGACCGAACAGUAAAAGUUUUGGGAAUCGUUUGGAACCCACAAAGUGACAAUUUUGAAUUCAAACUCAACAUUUGCUUAGAAACUAGUUAA